CGUUCAAACACCACAAAACGCCCACUCCCCUGAGCCGGUCAAGCAUAGACGUUGGCACUGGUCAAGAGAGAGCGAGAGGGUGGAGAAGGCAUCGCCGUGAGAGAGGGAAGCGGGGGAGGGAGAGGUGGUUGGUUUCUUUGCUCGCCGUCGCUGUCGCCGUUCGCCGUGACGAAUGGGGUGCAUCUCCUCGAAGCUGCUCCCGCCCGGGCCGGGCGACGCGAGGGGGGGAAGGGGCGGGCGCGCCACCGUGCGUGGCCGCGUCGACCAUGUGGUGUCGCUUACUUCCACUACCUACGGGGUGCUCGACCUCCACCCCAAGCACGCGGCGGCUGCGGCUGCUGCUGCGGCGGCUGCGGCGGCAUGCCAGGAAAAGGGGCAGGAGACUCAGCCGCCGCAGGAAGACAAGCCGAUAAGCAGGGAGUGGAAGCGCGCGCGGCCGCCGCCCCUCGUGGUCCCGAGCGCCAAGAAGCCGGCGCCCGCGGCGGCUAAGCUGGAUUCCGGCUUGGAGGUUAUCAACGCGUGGGAGAUUAUGGCCGGGCUGGAGGACGCUGAAGCCGCGGCCGAAUCGCCGGCGAAGAAGCCGGCCAAGGCGCCGAGUCGUUGGUCGCCGGCCAGGGUCAUCGCCAUGGCCCUGCCGUCGCCCAAGAAGUCGGCAACUAAGCGGAUGAACACGCCGGGAAAGGAGAACAGUCCACUGCAGCGCUGCUCCGGGAACAACAACAAGGCCGGAGAUGUUGAGGUCGACAGAGUGCUCCGGCCGUACAAUUCGAUCGACAACUCAAAAUUGCUCAGGGCGUCGAAGAGAUUUUCCCCGGCGAGCGCCAGGAUCGUCCGGAAGGCCGGGCCGCCCGAGACUGGCGGCGGAAUGUCGUCGUCGCGGCGGAGCCUGAGCCCGCUGUUCGACCCGGAGCUCCUGGCGUCCAUCGAGCGCGAGCUGUCGGAGGAAGGCGCCCACAUCAAGCGGAUGGUCGGGUCGGAUAAGCCCAAGCACCCGAAGGCGGCGCCUCCGGCGAUGGUGGCCGAGGGGAAAUGCCCGCCCGGCGGCGCCGACGCGGUCGUCCUGUACACCACCACCCUCCGCGGCAUCCGCAGGACAUUCGAGGAGUGCAACGCGGUGCGCGCGGCGAUCGAGGCCCACGACGUGAAGGUGAUCGAGCGUGACGUGUCCAUGGACUCGGGCUACCGCGAGGAGCUGCGGCUGCUGCUGGGCGGCCGGGAGGUGCGCGUGCCGGCCGUGUUCGUCCGUGGCCGGCACGUCGGCGGCGCGGCCGAGGUGACGAAGCUGGAGGAGGAAGGCAAGCUCAAGGCGCUGCUGCAGGGCCUCCCUCGUGCGCGUGUCUGGUGCGCUGGCUGCGCCGGCGUUCGGUUCGUCAUGUGCCGGGACUGCAACGGCAGCCGCAAGGUGCGCGUGGACGGCGAGCGGAAGGAGACGGUCCAGUGCGGCGAGUGCAACGAGAACGGCCUCGUCCGCUGCCCCAUAUGCUCGUGAAGUGAAGGUAUUGCGGCAAUGAGAUCUCGCGAUCGCCAUGAAUUGUGGUUUGACGAAAGUAGUAGAGCAAUUCGUGUCAUGUUGGGUUGAUUUGCCUGUCUACCCGGCUGGUGUUGGAUUUUGGUUUGUGCUGCUCGUUGUGCUCGGCAGCGGCUAACAACUGUAAUUCUGUACCGAUUAAUAUUCUUUCCUAUGUGAUAAGUUAAAUUGCUUUACAUUC